AAUGUGGAGUGGGAGGUUGAGAAGCGCGAGCCGCUGCUGGAGUUUGGGGACAACAACAUUGUCAGUUUGGAAAAUCAGAAAAGCAGUAAAUCAGCCCCGGACUCUUGAGUUUCAGGAUCCGUGUUCCCAGUCUCACACAGAUAGCCUACAACAAUACACACCUGGCAACGUUGUCGAGACCGGGGUCUGAAACCGCCGCUGAGACUCGCUCUCGCCAUGGCAGGUGCCGGAGGCGGGGCCAACGACGUGCAGUGGUGCUUCUCACAAGUAAAAGGGGCGAUCGAUGAUGAUGUAGCAGAAGCUGACAUCAUCUCCACUGUGGAGUUCAACCACUCAGGGGAGCUGCUAGCCACUGGAGACAAAGGCGGUCGUGUUGUCAUCUUUCAGCAGGACACUGAGAAUAAGAGUCUGCCGCAGUGUCGCAGUGAAUACAACGUCUACAGCACAUUCCAGAGUCAUGAGCCUGAGUUUGACUACCUGAAGAGCCUGGAGAUCGAGGAGAAGAUCAACAAAAUCCGCUGGCUGCCGCAGAAAAAUGCUGCCCAGUUUCUUCUGUCUACGAAUGAUAAAACUAUAAAAUUAUGGAAGAUCAGUGAGCGUGACAAGAGACCAGAAGGCUACAAUCUCAAAGAAGAGGACGGCCGCUGCCGGGAUUCUACUACAAUCACGACCCUACGGGUUCCUGUGUUCAGGCCCAUGGACCUCAUGGUGGAAGCUAGUCCACGGAGGGUCUUUGCCAAUGCUCACACGUACCACAUCAACUCCAUCUCAGUCAACAGCGACAAUGAGACAUAUCUGUCGGCGGAUGACUUGCGUGUCAACCUGUGGCACCUAGAGAUCACGGACCGUAGCUUCAACAUUGUGGACAUUAAGCCAGCCAACAUGGAGGAGCUGACGGAGGUGAUCACUGCAGCAGAGUUCCACCCCCACCAGUGCAACACAUUUGUCUACAGCAGCAGUAAGGGCACCAUCCGCAUGUGUGAUAUGCGUGCCUCCGCCCUCUGUGACAAGCACUCCAAAUUGUUUGAGGAGCCUGAAGAUCCCAGUAACCGUUCUUUCUUCUCUGAAAUCAUCUCUUCUAUCUCGGAUGUGAAAUUCAGUCACAGUGGUCGGUACAUGAUGACCCGCGACUACCUGUCUGUGAAAAUUUGGGACCUUAACAUGGAGAACCGUCCAGUGGAGACAUACCAGGUUCAUGAGUACCUCAGGAGUAAGCUGUGCUCACUCUAUGAGAACGACUGCAUCUUUGACAAGUUCGAGUGCUGCUGGAACGGGAAUGACAGCGUGGUGAUGACUGGCUCCUACAACAACUUCUUCCGCAUGUUGGAGCGCACGCAGCGGAGGGACAUAACCCUGGAGGCGUCUCGCGAGAGCAGCAAGGCUCGCCAGGUGCUGAAGCCGCGGCGGGUGUGUGCAGGCGGCAAGCGCAAGAAGGACGAGAUCAGCGUGGACAGCCUGGACUUCAACAAGAAGAUCCUUCACACCGCCUGGCACCCGCAAGAGAACAUCAUUGCUGUGGCGACCACCAACAACCUCUACAUCUUCCAGGAGAAAGUGAACUAGUCUGGUCAGUCGUCAUGGAGAUAGAACCUCCGAACCUCUGUCUUUGUGGUGGGGGGGCGCGGGGGAGGGGUGCUGAGAAAAGAUGAACUAGUGAAAAUCGUUUCUGUGAGAGCCAUCACCAUCAUCACUGUCAUCAUCAUCAUCAUCAUCGUCGUCGUCGUCGUCGUCGUCGUCGCAUACCAACAUGCACCUGCUCCAGGGCAGGGUGAAACCAGGGGGCCCGUAACCAUGGCAGCCAUUACUGAAUCAGGCUCAGGUUUAGGCUGGGCUGGAGAAAGGGCAGCCUCACUCUGGUCUCCAUGGCAACGGGGUGCACACCUUGCUCCAAUGAUGUGCCACCCACUGUCUGUACCCACAAUCCUUUUCUCCCUUUACCAGGGGAGAAUUGGGCAGCAGGUUCCAGUAUCUGUCAGACAUCUGCCAUAGUUGUCUUUUUUGUUUUAGUUAACUUUCUUAUUUUUGUCUUGUUUUUGUUUUGUUUGUUGAAGGUAUCUGUAUAAAAACAGAUUUGAACUGAUUUGUGUCUCUCUGUAUUCUUUAAACCUCAGCUGUGUGCCAUUGUAAGGUUUUUUUAUCUUGGUGAAACUGCCAAACUUUAUGUAGGUUGUUUUAAUUUUUUUCUCCUUUAUUUCUUUGUUUUGCUCAAUAAAUCCUCUCUAUUACUGUCUCGAAAUUCAUAGUCCAUUCAACUAGAGAUUUUGUGUUUUUGCACAACUUAAUGACCAUGUCUCUUUCGCGCUCAAAGACCUACUCACAAACAGCCCCCAAAACAAUGUUUUUGGUGCAGACAGGCCUGUGGCAGGAGUAUUGUAGUCAUGCAUGAUUUGUUUGAUGCUGUCUUCAGUAGUGUUGUUACACACAGGCACCUCCCAGUCUGCCUGAGAGAAUUGUCAUUACUCUCUUUUUUUUUUUUCUAUUCCCUUUCCUAUACUCAUCUAAUUUUUCUCUCUUGCUCUCUUCUCUCACUCUCUCCCGCUCUCUUCUCUCUCUUCUCUCUCUCACUCUCAUCUCUCUCCUUUCUCUCUCUCUUGCUAUCUGCAACUUGAGAAAGAUUAUAGAAAUUAUGAUAAUGAAAAAUGGUAUUUAUAAACUGAACAAACAUUA